AUGAUGCCAUCCCAUAUGCGCACACCCGAAGAAGACGUUGAUAAAUUCCCUUGGGGAAAACCGGCCCAGAAACUCUACGAUGCUCUCCAAAAAACGGACCAGUUCGACAACGACACCCUAUACACCAUCCAGAAUCGGACUUUGCUGAAAGAACUUGAAGAUUGGUAUUUCCGCCAGGAAAAACAAGACCGUGAGAACCUUGCGGACAGGGACGGUAGGACCUAA